ACUGGAGCAUGGAGCGCGCUCAGACCUGACCAACAGGAAGGGAACAGAGGCAACGUGAAAUCUUUACCAAAGGUUUGGCUUAGAGGAAUUUAGCAUAAACAGACUUGUUCUUCGCUGCUGUUUGUGAGCAGGUUUCAGAUUGUGGUAGCAUGAGUGAGAGAUCAUAGCGCUUUUGUCCUUGUGUCCUUGUGAAAACAUAAAAAUGUUUCUCCCCUUCUCAUGGAUCCUGGGAACUUCUGAAUGGACGCCUUUUGAUUCAAACCCAAUUGACUGUUUUCUUCAAGGUCUGGUGGGUGCGUGUGGGAUAUCAGUGCUGUGCAAUCUGAUGAGAGUUUACAACUUCAUUCAAACAUGCAGUGAUUCUGAAAUUGAAAGUAAACAGAGGUCAUCUUCACUCACCAGUCCUCUGGGAGGGAACUGGAGGGCAGCACUUCAGUUCUGGUCUGUGACACUCCUCCUGUCUCUGGUGGGCUCGAGGGUCUCCUCUCUCAUAGUGCUGGAGUUCUCGCUCAGAGCUGUUUCUGCCUGGGCAUCAGCAGGACUGGAUGCUGAUGGCAGAGGCCUAGACCUUGUCUUGAUCCAGUGCCAGUUUUCUCUGGGUUGUUGCCUCACCUGUACUCUGGUCUUCCUCCAUCAGGGGGCUCCACACUGCUCCCUCAGUUUGUUUCUGGCAGCUGCACUCAGCUGGGCACUGGCAAGUGUCUGCCACAGUCUGUGGAGCCAUGUGGCCAGACUCUACCCACUGCAUAGCACAGAGCGUUACUGUGGGAAAUGCAUCACCCUCCUGACCUCCGGACACACCAUACUGGCUUCACUGCAAAGAGUGGUUGUCUUGGCUUUUGCUCUUGCAACUGUGGCUUCCACCGCUACGGUUUAUAACCACUUCCUGUCCCAGAAGGAUGCUCUUAAGUUUUGGACUCCACUGACACUCUGCUACACUAUGCUGGUGGUCUAUAUUCAAGCGGAUCAGCAUCGGCAGGCUUCUGCAGAGGGCCUCUUGCACACUGUAGUGCUGAGACUGGGAGCCUUACUGGUGCUCAUGCUGACGGUGGGCGAGUGGUCGGAUGUCCUCCACGUCCUCAUCACUUUCCUGGGAGAAGCGGCCUGUCUGCUGCCCUCUCAGGACCUUCUGCAAGCUGUGUUAACGGAAGAAGAAGAAGAAGAAGAAACAAGUCUGAACAAAUACAAACGGAGCUCCGGUCACAAAACAAGGGAAUGCACAAGGAGAACAUCAUCAGACAGAAGUUGAUGGUGUAACUGAAGUCUACCUCAAAUAUCAAUGACUACCUCAAAUGUUAAGACACUAAUAUUCAAUAUUACCAUUGAUAAUAAAAAGAUUAU